GACUGCGAGUAGCGAGGACGCGCUUGAGGUGUGUGUAGGUACCGUUUUGUCGUGAAUUUUUUCAGCAUUCCUCAGUAAAACUCUUGUAAAAGUGCCGUCACGUGUAAAAAAAAGUGUGUGAACAUCAUGUAACCAGUUAACCGAGUGUGAGUGAUCAGUGUAGUGCGUCGAGUGUUUUUCGAAACCGUCGAGGGGCCUUCGGUGAUUAAAUAAAUGUUUGUGUUUGUAAGUGCUGUUUUCCCGAAAUCCACCGGAUAACCUAAGAUAACAGACGUCGAUGCACGGCAAUACCAACGACCGCAGAGCCCUCGAAAGAGAGGCUCUGCGAAACGUCAUCAACCAAUGGAACGCCAAUCGACUGGAUCUUUUCGAAUUAUCCGAACCAAAUGAGGAUUUAGAAUUUCAUGGGGUUAUGCGCUUUUAUUUUCAAGACUGUGGUCAAAAGGUAGCUACAAAAUGUAUAAGGGUCGCUUCAGACGCCACUGUAGAAGACGUGAUUGGAACGUUAGUAGAAAAAUUCCGACCAGACAUGAGAAUGUUAUCUGUCCCUUCCUAUGCUCUCUACGAAUUACACGAGGGAUGCCCAGAAAGACGAAUGCUUCCAGAUGAAAAACCACUCCUAGUACAACUGAACUGGCACGUUGACGAUCGAGAAGGAAGGUUUCUUCUGAAAAACAUUGACGACAAAACGGCAAACUCUGUUGGAUCUCUUGACUCGAAUGCGAGUUUUCGACGAAAAUUAUCGAAACGAGAAAAAAAGCAGCUAAAAAAGCAAGAAAAACUGUCGAGAAUGAAAAGCGAAAAUGGUGAUAUUAACGAUAAAGAAGAUGGAGUAGCUGAAAAGCUUUAUACAGAAUUACCUGAAACGUCAUUUACGAGGUCAAUAUCGAAUCCUGAAGCUGUGAUGAGACGACGCAGGCAACAAAAGUUAGAAAAGAAAUUGCAACAGUUUAGAUCGAAAGAUGGGGGACCCGAUACAGGUGGUACUCUCAAGAUAUAUGGAGAAGCUUUGUGUAAAGAUGUGCCUUAUAAAACGUUAUUGUUGUCCGUUCGAGAUUGUGCUGGUGCUGUGGUAAGAGAAAUGUUAGAAAAAUAUGGUCUCAACAAAACUGAUCCAAGCCAGUGGUGCCUUGUACAAGUUACUCAGCAACCAGGAUCACCCGAUACCGAAUACGUUUUAGAUGACGACGAGUGUCCUCUGUCAAUCCUGAUGAAUUCCCCAAACACGGGCUCCAUCAUGUUUCACGUAAGAAGAAGGCCAGCAGAUUGUGCACCAAGGAAGAGGAAAAAAAAGCCAGGAGCAUUAGGCACCAAUGCAACAAAUCCUCGCGAUGUUAGAGAUGCUGUGCCACUUUUAAUGGAAUUGGGACCAGAUGGAUCUGCACCACAUCCUAGUGACACAACGAGAACGAUACGGCUUACGAACGACGUCAUGGAGGUUGGAUCAGCAAAUGGUAUAGCACUUCAACUCUACGGCCCUCACAUACAACCACGUCAUUGUGUCAUCACCAACGCAGAUGGGGUUACGUCGUUAACACCUUGUCAUGCGGACGCCCAUACAUACGUUAACGGACAACGAAUCCAUCAAACGACGAUCUUAAAUCAUGGAAGUCUUGUUAAAUUUGGCAACAGUAACACGUAUCGAUUUUUAGAUCCAGUUAAUGAAGACAGGAUGAGGCAUCCGGCUGUAAUGGAUAACGCUAGGAUAUACGAUAGCCGAUCACCUCGCGCGCUGAGUCCAACCGAACCAUCCAGAGAAAACAUAGAAACGACAUUUGAUUUAGAAGGAAACGUUGAAACAAUUUCUACAGCUAGUGGGGCCAGAGAGGAUAACAGGUCGUUGGGAUCUUCUUCCGAAAAUAGGCUGAGUGGAAUGGACAGAUAUCCCCGAGGCCAAGAUCCAAUUCUUCCAGCAGUACUCGAAUUUCCCGAAGAACCUCAGGAACAAUUUUUGGCUCGAGUGAUCACCCAUUUGGAUGUAACAACACCAACAUUUCGGCUAGCGCCAGCCUACACCUUAUAUCUUUGUGCUCGUUACCGAGCAUCAACUCAUUAUCGACCAGAACUAACACCAACGGAACGUGCCCAUAAACUCACCGUCUUACUUCAACAUGCGGCAAUGUUAAUUAGGCAUACUGUGCAAGACAGAAGUACCGAAAGUACCUCUCAGGCGUUCUGGUUAGCGAACGCUAGCGAACUUUUACACUUCCUCAAGUCAGAUAGGCAUGUGAGUGCUUUCUCAAUACAAGCUCAGGAUACGCUUGCAGACGCAGUUCAGUUGGCUUUCAAAAAUUUAGUUGCGUGUUUAACAGACGAAUUGAAUUCAGCUAUGGCUCACCUAAUGUCUGUAGCUGGAGAUGAUCAUCCCAGAGAAGUUAUAAAUAUUUUAAGUGGUGCUAUGAAUUUACUGAGAAAAUGUCGAGUAAAUGCAGCUUUGACGAUACAGUUGUUUUCGCAACUUUUCCAUUGGAUUUCGGCGAAAGCGUUAGCGAAUGUUAUUAGUAACAGUAAUUUGUGCACGAGAACUUUUGGAAACAAACUUUUUAAUAGACUGAGAAAUUUACAAGCGUGGGCUGAAUCACAGGGAUUGGAAUUGGCCGCAGAAUGUCAUCUCGCCAAAAUUGUCCAGUGUGCGCAUUUGAUGCAAGCGCCUAAAUAUACUCCAGAGGAAUUAGCUAAUUUGUCAUCGGCGUGCUUUAAAUUAAAUUCUAUGCAAUUAGGCGCCUUGCUACGGCAGUAUAAAGCUGAACCAGGAGAGAAGCUAGCGCCGCCUGCUCUUCUGGAGCAAGCAGCAAAAGCCGCAGAAAGUGUAGCCGACGAAUUAGCAAGAGCCGAAGGUCGAGAAGUCACGCUUUACGAGGAUCCAGCACCGCCAUUGCAGUUAUUACUACCAGAUGAUGGUUUCAGUUGUGAUGUGGUACAAGGAGUUCCUCCUGGCCUUGCCGAUUUCUUGCAUCCUCUACAAGCGUCAGGCUUGUGUCGUUUAGCGGCACAACCUACGAGUUCUGGGCACUGGACCGUUUACAUGUCAGCUCCAAGACCACCAAGCGCACUAAGUACAACCCAACCAGAAGUGCAGGUUAUAAGGUUGCAUAAAGCCGGUGGUGGAAUGGGUUUGUCGAUAGUUGCGGCGAAAGGAGCUGGGCAAGAACGUUUGGGCAUUUACAUAAAGUCGGUAGUACCAGGUGGUGCCGCGGAUCGAGACGGUCGGCUAGCCGCUGGCGAUCAGCUUCUGUCAGUUGAUGGACAGUCUUUAUUGGGUAUUACACAAGAAAAAGCGGCAGAGUUUCUUGUAAGGACUGGCAGUGUUGUGACUUUAGAAGUUGCGAAAGGUGGCGCUGUAUACCAUGGGCUUGCUACACUGCUUCAACAGCCAAGUCCGACUCCUCAUCGAGCUGGGGAUUUCUACGGUGAAUCUUAUUACGGGCUGCAAAGUUCUCAAGAGUCUCUCAACAGCCUGAAUAAUUGCCGCUUGUUUACACCACCAGCCACCAAACCAAAAAAUAAUGUGUUUUUCAACUCGGACGACACUUUAUACAAAAAAGAAUCGAGAAAACUUACGAUACCUCGAAUAGAAGUGGAAUGUGAACCGGUUUUCAAUUUACAAGUUACUGAUUUUUCAGAACCAUCUCCUAAAAAUAUUAUUUUGGGCUAUGACGAAUCCGGCACAAAUUUCGAAAUGAAAAAAGUCGAAGAUUUUGACGCAGAUUCGCGUAUUAAUAACAAGUCAUGGAAAGAGAAAGCAAACAGUUUCGUUCAGCAGAAAAGUUACUCGAUAGAUGUUCAUGAAAAUCCAUACGUCGAUAUCGAUCAAGUCUCAGAUACGGAUAAGUUUCUCAGUAUUAGUGCAAAAAAAUGUCGACAACAGAGACUGUACUCAUCUUCUAUGCAGGAUUUGUCGAGUUCCACCUCCAGCAUUAACAGCGGCGUACACGAAUCUAAUCUAGAUUUAAGUCACAUAGAUCCAGACACUCCGAUCAAACAUAAAAACUGGAAAUCGCCAGAUGAAGUUCGCCACGGACAAGUCGACAGUCUUUCUAGUAGUUUAGAAACUAAAGCAAUAAGUUUUCCCGAUUUAAAUAAAAGCGAACCUUUUGGAAAUGGUAGUAAAAGCGUGAGUGAAGAGAAGUUAACUAAUAAACUUACAGAGUAUGAACGACUGGAGGUAUUGAAAUUAUUGCGUGACUGGAGUUUGAAUGGAUCAGACUCUAAAAGUGAUUUUAACUUCAGAUUUUCAAGAUCUUCUGAUCAUUUAGAAAAAGAAAACAUUGAAAAAUCUGAAAAAUCAAUUUUGAAUGGUAAUUUACGCUCGAGUAGUGUAAAGUUUUGUUCUGAACCAAAUUUAUCUCCAAACAAAAAAACCAAGGAAAAUGAUGUCAUCUUUAUUACCAAAUAUAGUUCAGAUAAUGAUAUUAAAGAUAAGAAAAAGAUUAUCGAACGUGAUUUUUUGCACAAGUGUCAGUUUAGAAACUGUAUCUUCAAUGAAGAAUUUGCUAGUAAGUGCGAAACCAACGAACAAGAUUUAAGUGCUCCAAUAGAACAUAAAGUUACUAAACCAAAAGGUAUUUUGAAGAGUAGCAAAGAACGUUUACAGGAAACCGAGUGUCUUAAUAACAUACACAAUUUACAAUAUAAUUUACAAAAAACACCAAACUUGGGCCCAAGUAGUAGACGGCACAGUGAAAUCAUAGAACCAAAAUCCUUCAACAGUCAAUUAGUUAGAUGCGAUAGUUUGGAAAGAUUAACGCAUUUACAGAAAAAGUCUAACGUGUACAAAAAAUUUCCAGAUUCUUAUGUAGUAACUAGACGUAGUAGUUUUUUUAGAAAUAAUCAAAAAAACAAAAACUACGGUGAAACUUUCAAUAGAUCACCUAAGAAGAGUCCAAAAAUCAUCGUACUGAAGAAAAAAUACAUUCCGAAAACCUGGAAAAGUUGUUCUGACAUCAAAAAUCGAAAAACUGUACGAAAAUGUUGUCGCUAUGCGAAAAAAAAUUGUCCGAUUUUGAAGAGUUGUUCUGAGGCCGCCAGGAAGACGCAGAGCUGCGUGGACAUCGAACAGGAUUACGCUGCUAGGUUAGCUGCAUUAAAGGAUAACCAAGUUGGCGCUUUUGAUUGUCCUCGACGCAUGUCUGAGCGAGAUUUGCCAUCGAGGGUGGAUUCAGAGCGCACCAUCCCUUCUUCGAAAUCUGUCCCAGCACUUCAUCACAUAUCACCAAACUCUGAACAAUCUCGGAAUCCACACGAUGUGUUUAACCCGGGUUAUAGCCGAACUUCGUCCAAUAAUAGUAUUAACACCAACAGCGCCACAACGACACCUUCCAAUGGUCCAUCCACAAACCCAGCCAAUUUGCGUAGCAGGUCUACGCAUAACCUACUGCAACAGGAUGGGGGAUUUUAUCAGAAUCUCAGUGUUUACAGGAACAAAAUACCAAGCCCGCAACAUUUGGGAGAUAGAACUUCCGCCCUCCGAAGUUCUCAAAACUCUCUACAAUCAUCCGUAGCAAAUUCACAACGGCCAGCAUCAGCGUAUUAUCCGCCUCCGAUGACUGUGAAUGCAUCUCGUUCCAAUUUGCAUCAAUCAAUUCCGAAUUUGAAGAGUCCCCCGUCGACACAUAAAUUACAUGGUGACGACAGUAGGUCCGGCUCAUACCCUAGCGUUAAUCAACAUCAUCCUCAAAAUUACCCUGGACAGAAUUACCCGAAUACCAAUUACCAUCCACGAGCGGAGGAUCAUAACAGAACGUACAAUUCGCCACCUUAUCACUCUCAGACAAUGAAGGAAAGUAACAAUUCUUACGGUGGCCCGUUACACAAUACCGCACCCAAUUACAUGAAUGGUCAAAGGCAGGACGAAAGUCGGUAUAAUAACAUUGGAGGAGGUUUGUUACGAGAAGAUGUCGUAAGACAAUCACAAAGUUCUCGUCAUGAGGAUAUCAUGAGAUACUUGAGCACGAACAAUGCGCGAAUACCAGAGCCAAAUCGAGUGCAAGAAGAUAUAAAUAGACAAGGGGAAAUGAGAAUAUCAAAAAGUGACGACAUGCUAAAGCAUCCAGUCAACCACCAGAAUAGUGAUAUGAUGAGAUACGCCAGUAGUGGAAAUAUCAGAGCGCACGAAAGUAGCAAGGUGGAAAUACCGUUAUAUCGAAUGAAAGAUGAAGAAGAAUUAGACAUGCGUAUGGCUAACAAUGUAAGAUCUCAGAAAAUGGUGGAUAAUGCAGAAAUUUUAAACAGAAAGAAACAAAGUAGAAUAGGAGGUCCUUCCCAUCAGCCACAGAAUCAAACAUAUCAACACUCGCCAAAUAAUCAAAUAUAUUACCAACAUCAACAAUACUAUAAUAAUGCGCCUUAUUCUCCAAAUUACAAUAUGCAGAUGGCUCAAAAUACACAAAGUAUGCAAAACCUCAAUUUAAACCAACAGUAUUCACAACAAAGCUAUCCAAAUUAUCAUCAACAAAAUCAAUAUUAUCCUGCAUCAAACCCUCAAGUAAAUACGCCAACCUCUCCAACGUAUAAAUCUCCACCGGUUGCGCCUAAACCUGCGAAGAAACCGGACGAACCCCCAGAAUUACCACCAACCAGCACUCAUCCCUUAUAUUCCGCCAGUAGUCAAGAUCCUCCAAAAAUGGCAUUCUAUCCAACAUCGACUGUCACGUCUACGAAAACUCCAAGGGAUCCUUGGGCCAGAGAAGAACAGGAACGACAAGCGGAAGCUAGACGGGAAGCUUCAAGACAGUGGCAGGAACAACAGAUUAGAGAAUUGUUAGCCUUACCGCAGAGGACGCCUCAGCAAGAAGAACAAUUGAGAGUGUUGCAACUGGAAAGGGAGUUUCAAAGGAGAGCUAUGGAAGCUGCCGAGCAAGAUGACGACGAUACUGAAAAGGAAAGUCCAAGUCCUAGUAUGACUCAGCCUGCAGCUCCAAAUACUGUACCUGUCAGUAAGCAGGAAACUCCUCCGACGUCGAUUUUGAAGCCAGGAGUUCCGACUACUGCACAUAUCCAACCACCACCACCAGAACCUGUUGCACCUCCACCACCUGAAAGAGGUUCUAGUUUUGCAGUAAUGUCCAUGAGAGUUAAAGAAAAUACAAAAAGGGUCUCUUUUGAUACAUCUGCAGCCACUCCACAACCUCCUCCAAAUACGCUACAAAUAGAGGAAACAAUACGAGAAGAUCCGAAUAGUUUUAUUCGUCAGGCCGAAUCAAUGCUUGCCUCUCCUACAACACCAACUGAUGCUUCUCCAGGUGUUUCAACGGCCACCCCGGGAGUGAUUGGAGCUCAGGAAGUAUAUAGGGAUCCCAGAGCAAGAAGACUAGCCGAACAGGCGCAACAAAAAAAUUUAACAAUGCCAGCGGUUCCUGAGAAGCUUUCUUUUAAGGAAAAAAUGAAAAUGUUUGCGAUGGAAACAGGCGAACAAGAAACUCCAAAAGACAAAAGCAAAAUAAGCAGGGCACAAAGAGAAAUUGACAAUUUGGGAUCACCAAGUUCGGGACUUGUUCAUUAAUCUUUGUUACUCAUUCUAGUGAGUUUUACUUGUUAAAUGUGUGAUAGAUUUUAAAAACCGUAUAUUAAUUAUAUUUUGACCAAAAUGACCAAAUAUACAAGAUACUCUUA